CCCUUGAUUUGUUGCACGAACAACUUCCUCACUUUUGACAUGUCCGAAAAGUCUAACAUACAGGAACCACUCGUGCAAGCUAUCCCCUCCACCAAUUCGGCACCACUUCCCGAGUCGGCUUAUCCCGAAACGUCGACGACUUCCUCACCUCCUGCUGUGGACAUGUUUUCACCUGUAAUCAAAGAAGCACUAAUACCGCUUCAAGUCAACUCUACGUUAAGUUCUGUGACGCUCGAAGAAUGCAAGUCCGGCAUAACUGAGAGACAAGAGAAUGGCUUCCUUCGACGGUGGCAGCAAUGGGAUUGGCUUCAUGAUUGCUGGAAAUCUUACGAAUACAUCGAACAGACUCCCCGUGUGGUCACCCAAGAGCCUACUUGUUUCUACUUAAAUGUUCGACGGAAGACAGAUAAAGAGAAACCAAAACUGGUUUUCAGUGAUUUUAGUCCUGUUUUACUCGCUUGCUUACGCUCCAUUGUGGGGGGUGAAUGCUUGAGCAAAUAUCCACAAAUUCACAUCGAUGAGCUUCUUUUGGAGCUAGAUUCAUUGGACAGUCGCACUAAUGACGCACGUAUGACUUUGCUAGAAGAAAAUGCAGAAGAUGGCCUCGUACGAAGUGCGAAAGCGCUCGGGUAUGUGCAUAAGGAUCUAGAUGAUGCGCGCACGUACCUUACAGCCGCAGUCCAGCAGCUUGACAUUCUCCUCCUCUUGCUUAAAGAAGAAUUCAAACCAGUAGCUGAACGAUUGAAACAUGCAAUAGUACAUGGUCGCAUACCGCGCGAUCUGCUGCAAUUCUACUUUCAGAAGAAUCAGCAGUUCUACUACCUCGAUGACAAUAAUGAUUUUGAUGCAUUCCGCUUAAUCUCUACCUAUUACGAUGACUUUGACCAAACAUUCACCCUUAACGGCGAGGGUGCAUACUGGAACGGAACCAAGUGGGUUACGCUCGAGCGAGGUCGGAUGGUUAAACUGGCCGAGGGGUCAUUGAUCUUGGCUGAUUUCCGAACCAGCAAGAUGACGCCCGAGAUAUGUGAGCGACUUAUGGAGCGCGGCAGAAAGUACGUCUCACUAGCGGGAGUCCAUCACAGACAUUAUAGAGGACGACGGAUCAUGAUUGAUCGCUUAGGCUGGAACACGUUUGGCUACAACCAUGCAGAUGAUUCCCCAUUCCCAUUCCCCCUUCUUCAAGACAGAAGUAAGGCCCGAAACAACGAUGACAUCCUGCCCGUACCCGAAGAUAAUAUCGCUCUUUUCCCGCGAUUCAUGCCAGGUUUUGAUCUGGAACGCAAGACGUGGAGCUUAUUUGAUGUUGAUGAAGUUGAGCCAAUAAAAUUCAACGAAAAUGCCUGGAAGCACAUUGUGCUCGACGAAAGCUCAAAGGAUGUCAUCGAAGGAGUUGUGGGUGCAUUCGACUUCAGCAAGGAGGCCAUGACGGAUGAAGAACAAACGGGCUUGGUUAUACUCCUCCAUGGGCCAUCAGGAACCGGCAAAACGGCAACCGUUGAAGCCAUCGCAGAACAUUUUAGACGGCCAUUGUACUCCCUCGCAGCAUGUUCCCUUCCGUUGGACGUGACCUUACUUGUGGACACGUUGACAUCCCGUCUGGAUGCAGCAAGAUCAUGGAACGCCAUAGUAUUGAUUGAAGCUGGGGAUGUACGGUAUUUUGCAUGUUUUAUCGGUCAUGAGUUGACUUGCAUCCAGAUUCUCAUGCAGACCCAGAGGCACGAGCCAAUAAUGGAGGAACAUAUUCGCAUCUCGACGAUUCUCGAAUUCUUCGAGCAGCAUCGGUGCAUUGUAUUUGUUACCGCAAGGACUACAUGUUCUGCAUACAUGUCGCAUUUUGCUAUGACCAUCCAGUAUCCUGAACUAGAUGGUGAUUCCCGCCAAACCAUGUGGUCCAAUAUGCUCUCAGGGGAAGCAAACAAGAUAUCUCGCCGAGACAUCGAGGAGCUGUCCAGAGUUGCAGUCAAUGGUCGGGCAAUGAGGAACAUUCACACGACGGCCAAGGCAUUGGCGCGUUCUAGUAAACAACCUCUAUCUCUGUGUCAUUUGAAGACUGCUGCGAAAACACAAGGACAGGUUGAAGGUGCAGGAUAUCAUCUUUACUGGUGACCUAGUCCAGAGCCGUUUAUUAAAUAUACCCUUUAACUGCAAGGAUGUGGAUGGACAAUAUGUAGACUCUCGAGAUAGACGUAUUGCAGGGCGGUUUUUUUGGAUCUAUGAACGAUGUAACAAGUGUGGUUGUCACCGAUCAGUAAAUGCACACAAACUUC